AUGCGCUCGCUAGCUCACGCUUGCGCAAAAUCCCACGGCACGCAAUCCCGUGUGGUUCGGUGCGCGACGCUCCAGAUCGCGCCGCUUCGUUCUACGUCCGAAUCAAGCGGCACAUCUCGCACACCCAAACGUACGACCAUCAACCCGCGUGGAGAGACCAUACCCUCCACCAAGACAUCACAGGUGCUAGCAGACCCAAACGAUGAUCUAUCCAUUCUGUCCAAGACUACGGCACGUCUCCUCUUGUUACCCACCUCAACACGCUGGAAGUCCUUCUACGUUGUGGGUCCAGCGCUGCGCGCGAGAAUGACCAGCUUCUUGACUUCACGCGCCCCUGACCAUGCAUUGCACUGGCUGCGUCAAGCGCUCGUCGGUGCACCGGGCACAAUCUGGAAUCACUCGGUUGCUUUCUCCGCGCGCUGGUUAUCCGCUUUGCGGCAGCUUGGCCCUCGGCUGGGCUUGGGAGGCGGCACACCAAGACGGCAGCCCGCUUUCGGUCCUGGACCAGGUCCUGUAA